AUGACCCAGAAGCUGAAGAGCACAGAUCGGAUUUCUGACUCUGCAGGAGACGGUGGAGGUGCCGCAGACCAGCGCAGUCUGUUUGGCUGCCCUAAUGGCCGCUCCAAGACACGCUGUCUGCUCGUCUGGACCUUUACGAGAACCUCCUCCAGGGCUUGCGCACCCCUGGACAAUGAGGAAUCCAAAGAUUUUAUUUGCAAACAUGGACAUAAAGGGAUUCUUUCUGUGGAUCUGAUAUCAAAGAUUCAAGAUAUCAGUACAGUGAAAGAGGCCUUCAUCCCUCCUGUAGGCCCAGGGGUCAGGCAGAGGGGGCUGAGAGAAGAAAUUCUAGAAAAAUCCCUGUACAGGACAAUAAGUGAGCAGGUGCACAAUGUAUUUAAUCCUGGUCCUCCUAAAGCAGAGUUUUUCUCAACCACAAGAGAGGACUUUAAAGUCCCAGGGUUUAAAUCCGUCCCCCCAUCACCUUCCAAGGAACAUGACUAUAAAAGGGAACAAGCAAUUUCCUUUUGGAGUGAGAACCAUCAGAAGAUACAGGGUGUAACAGCAGUGAGAACCAUGGAUACUCCAUUCAAAAAGAACGCAACCUUCAGCACACCAAUCAAAGAGUGCCUUGAAGAUUCUGUGCCGUACACAUUUGCUGAUCAUCCAGAUAUAUGAGCCCCAGGCAUAGCAUAAAUACAUUGGUUUACUGCUUUUGAAC